AUGGAGAAAGCAUUUACCUCUUUUAUCUCAACACUCUUGUUGCUUUACUAUGUUAUGGCUACUUCAGCCAUGACUCAUACCAACAUUAGCACUGAUCAAUUAGCUCUUCUUUCUUUAAAAUCCCAAAUCAUUUCAGACCCUUUUCACUUCUUUGAUGAAAACUGGUUUUCAACUACUUCUGUUUGCCAUUGGGUUGGAGUCAUUUGUGGUUCUCGCCAUCACAGAGUUAAGUCGUUGAAUCUUUCCAACAUGGCUCUUAUGGGAAGAAUUCCACAAGAUUUUGGAAACCUCACAUUUCUUGUUACUCUUGACUUGGGAAGCAACAAUUUCUAUGGAAAAUUGCCUCAAGAAAUGGCACGUUUGAGUCGACUAAGGUUUCUUGAUUUAAGUAUUAACAACUUCAGCGGGGAG